AUGAAGGGUCGUUGGCGGAUUGACGAUCGAGGCUGGCGAGCGAAGAUGAAGGAGGACGACGGACGAGGGAAUGGACUCGAGAGGAGAGGAAGCUGCUGCAUCCAGACAGGAGUCAGUCACUCAGACAUCCCAGCGCAUGGAUGUGCUCCAAAAAAUAAAGAAUUGCUUGCCCAGCAGCGCCGGCGUCGGCGAGCCCUGACGGCGGGUUGCUCUGUGCCCAAUUGGGCCGCGGCCAUUGGCUGA